UGAAAGAAGCUGAAGACAAAAUCAUGCAUCUCUGCUUAAUUCCAUCACAUGAUGAGUCCCGGGGCCCUUCAUUUAAUCGGAGAGCAGAGCAGCGGAGAAACUUCAUUCCCACCUCGCAGUAGGGACCGGAGGAUUCCGGUGCGCAGGCAGGAGCCGAGCCGGCCCGGGGCUCCGGAACCAUGAGCGGUGCUCGCCACCACCUCGGACUGCUGCUGCUGGCCCAAGCGGUGCUGKGUGCUGCCGCCACACGGUUUCAAGAUGUGUUGAGCCAAGCAAGUACUUCUCCUGUCACAUCCUACAAGAAGCUAGAAGGCUGGUCUAGUGAUCAAAAUGAAUGGAAUGAAARGCUUUAUCCUUUCUGGGAAGAAGGAGAUCCCAGAUGGAGGGACUGCUGGAAAGGUGGAAGGGUGACAGCCAAACUGGACAGCGAUAGCCCAGCACUUGUAGGAUCCAACGUGACCUUUUCUGUGACUCUGCAGUUUCCUAAGUGCCAAACGGAAGAUAAUGAUGGCAACAUUGUAUACAGGAGAAAUUGCACCCAGGAUCCUCCAGUUUUUGGGGAUCAGCAAUUCUAUGUCUACAACUGGACUGAAUGGACUGACAGCUGUGGCUGGGGAAACUGCUCAAGCAACCACAGCCAUAAUGUAUUCCCAGACGGACGUCCUUUCCCUCAUCACCCUGGCUGGAGGAGAAGGAACUUUGUCUAYGUGUUUCACACUUUUGGUCAGUAUUACCAAACAACGGGACGAUCUUCAACAAACUUUUCAGUCAACACAGCAAAUAUCACUCUUGGYACACACGGGAUGGCAGUGUCCAUUUACAGGAGAGGGCGUUCGGGAUUUGUUCCRAUUGCAAGAGCAAAAGCUGAUUAUCUUGUUACAGACAAAAUUCCAAUAUCUGUGAGUAUGUAUCAAAAACACGACCGCAACCUCUCAGACUCCAUUUUCAUCAAAGACUCACCAAUCACAUUUGAUGUGAAGAUCCACGAUCCCAGCCACUACYUGAAUAAUUCUGCCAUCUCCUACAAAUGGAACUUUGGAGAUGGAAGUGGCUUAUUUGUAGCCAGCGGUUCCAGUACAUCUCACACCUACACUCUGCAAGGAAACUUCACUCUGAAUUUAACUGUCCAAGCCAUCAUACCUGUACCUUGCAAGCCAGUGACACCCACUGCACCACCMCCCACCUCAGCAGUAACGACUGAUGCAUCUGCUGAUCCUGACUCUACUCCCACUGUUGAAUCAGUGGAGGAUAAUCCUGAUGGAGGUUGCCAUAUUUACAGAAAUGGAUACUAYGGAAGUGGUAUUGAUAUUGUAGAGGGAAUCCUUGAGGUAAAUAUUAUUCAGAUGACAAGCAUCCAGAUGACAGAAAGUCAAGCUGAAAACCCACUGGUUGACUUUGUUGUUACCUGCCAAGGGAGUCUCCCCACAGAUGUCUGCACAGUAGUUUCUGACCCCACGUGCCAGGUGUCCAAGAGCAUGGUUUGUGACCCCAUCGUCGUCACGGAUGAAUGCUUGCUCACCAUYAGGAGAGCUUUUGAGGAGCCUGGGACAUACUGCAUAAACAUCACCUUGGGUGAUGACACGAGCCAAGCCCUUGCCAGUGCACUGAUCUCUGUCAAUGGAGGAUCAUCAUCUGGAACAACUGAAGGUCUCUUCAUCUUCCUUGGCUURCUGGCAGUCUUUGGUACCAUUGGGGCAUUUGUCCUUUACAAGAGAUACAAGCAAUACAAGCCUAUUGAGAGGAGUGUGGAUCCAACUGAGAAGCAGGAGGGAUUUGCUGCUUACUUCAGCACUGUCAAAGCCAUUUUCUUCCCUAACAGCAYGGAGAAAAAUCCUCUGCUGAAGAGUAAACCAGGCAUUGUUUAAACUUUUAGUGUAACACUGACUAUUAGAAUAAGUACAGGACUUGUAUCUGAACUGUACUUUAUUGGGGCUUUCUUCUUGUUAUUAAAACACCCCAGGGACUAAGGUGAAAGCACGUAUAGAUGGGAUGGUAACUUUGGGGCUUGGUGCAAUUAGCAACAUUAAAGUAGUCUUUUGUAGAAAACAAGGAGGUAGUUUUAUGCCCUUGCUUUUCUUGCUUGUGAUAUAGGAUAUACUCUUCUGAAUUACUAACACCCCCACCCAAGCAUCUUUAUCUAGUUUUUCUUACUUCUAGGUUAGCAGCCUGUAAAAUUAAUUUCAUCCAUAAUCUGGAAGGGGGUGGGGGGGGAAGUUAAUUAAAAAAAAAAAAAAAAAAAAAAAAAGAA